AGAAAAUGAGAGAAGUGAUUAGCAUUCAUGUAGGACAAGCUGGGAUUCAAGUUGGGAAUUCAUGUUGGGAGCUUUAUUGCCUUGAACAUGGGAUUCAACCCGAUGGCAUGAUGCCUAGCAGUGAGGGUAAUGCAGGUGCCAACCAUGACGCUUUUAGCACCUUCUUUAGUGAAACCGGAGCCGGAAAGUACGUGCCGAGAGCUUUAUUCGUCGAUCUAGAGCCGACGGUCAUCGACGAAGUCCGAUCCGGGGCUUAUCGACGACUGUUCCAUCCGGAGCAACUUAUUUCCGGAAAGGAAGAUGCUGCUAAUAACUUUGCAAGAGGACAUUAUACAGCUGGUCGGGAUAUUGUCGAAGUUUGCCUUGACAGAUUGAGAAAAUUGGCUGAUAACUGCAGUGGAUUGCAAGGAUUUUUGAUGUUUAAUGCUGUUGGUGGUGGAACUGGUUCUGGUUUAGGCUCAUUGCUUUUGGAGCGUUUAUCUGUUGAAUAUGGGAAGAAGCCUAAACUUGGCUUCACCAUCUACCCUUCUCCUCAGGUUUCUACUGCAGUUGUGGAGCCCUACAAUAGCGUUCUCUCGACACAUUCUCUCCUCGAACACACUGAUGUCGCCGUGCUUCUCGACAACGAAGCUAUAUACGAUAUCUGCAGGCUGUCGUUGGAUAUUGAAAGGCCAACUUACAAGAAUUUGAACCGCCUGAUAUCUCAAAUUAUCUCGUCUUUGACGACUUCGUUGAGGUUUGAUGGUGCUAUCAAUGUCGAUAUUACCGAGUUCCAGACAAACCUCGUGCCGUAUCCUCGUAUCCACUUCAUGCUCUCAUCAUAUGCCCCGGUGAUCUCGGUUGAAAAGGCUUACCACGAGAAGUUAUCAGUUCCCCAGAUAACCAGUGCUGUUUUCGAACCGGCGAGCAUGAUGGCUAAAUGUGAUCCAAGGCAUGGGAAGUACAUGGCGUGUUGUUUGAUGUACCGUGGAGAUGUCGUACCGAAGGACGUAAAUGCUGCCGUCCGUUCCAUCAAAACGAAGCGAACGGUUCACUUCGUAGAUUGGUGCCCUACUGGUUUCAAGUGUGGCAUCAACUAUCAGCCACCUACGGUGGUACCUGGGGGUGAUCUGGCCGAGGUAAAACGUGCUGUGUGUAUGAUCAGCAAUAACACGGCAGUGGCUGAAGUUUUCGCCCGAAUCGAUCACAAGUACGAUCUCAUGUAUGCAAAAAGAGCAUUUGUCCAUUGGUAUGUAGGUGAAGGUAUGGAGGAAGGUGAAUUCUCAGAAGCUCGUGAAGACCUGGCUGCUCUCGAGAAAGAUUACGAGGAAGUUGGCGCCGAAGCCCCCGAAGAUGACGAAGAACCACCUGAAGAUUACUAGAGCAUCUACCAUUUUUAUGAAAACGACAGAUACUGGUUAACUCCUAAUUUCAUUUCAGUUCAUCAACAGCUUUUUUUUUUUUAUGUAACAACGUUUAUGCC